AUGGCAUUCAACAUAAAACAACGAAAACAAAAACAAGCUGGUAUCGAUGACAUGGUUCUCCUGCCAAAACUUUCAGAAAAUGAAAUCAUGGAAAACCUCAAAAAACGUCAUGCCACUGAUGUCAUUUACACAUAUAUUGGAAAUGUGCUGAUUUCUGUGAACCCUUUCAAACAAAUUCCAAUCUUUGAUCAGAAUUUUAUCGAUCAGUACAAUGGAAAGUAUCCCUAUGAGGAACCACCUCAUAUCUAUGCAUUGGCUGAAACAGCUUAUAAAAACUUGAAGAAUAACGGAGAUUCUCAGUGUGUGAUUAUCUCCGGAGAGAGUGGUGCUGGUAAGACUGAAGCCUCUAAAUUGAUCAUGCAAUACAUUGCAGCUGUUUCUGGUGAUGGCCAUGGAGUGGAUCGUGUCAAGAGAAUCAUUCUCGAAAGUAACCCUCUGUUGGAAGCAUUUGGUAACGCCAAGACUGUUCGUAACAACAACUCAUCUCGUUUCGGUAAAUUCUUUGAGAUUCAAUUCGAUGACAGAGGUGAUCCUAUCGGUGGUAAAAUUACCAAUUACUUGCUUGAGAAAUCCCGUGUGGUGUAUCAACAAGCAGGUGAACGUAAUUUCCACAUUUUCUAUCAAUUGUGUGCAGGUGCCACUCCAGAAGAAAAGGAAGAAUUCGCAACCACCAAUGCUCAUGACUUUUAUUACUUGUCACAAUCUGGUUGUUACACUGUCGAUGGCGUCGAUGAUGCUGAGGAAUAUCAAUUGACAAGAAAGGCCAUGGAUGUCAUUGGUAUUUCUAAAGAAGAACAAACCAAUCUCAUGAGAUUAGUUGCUGGUAUUUUGUGGCUUGGUAACAUUACCUUUGAAGAAACUGGAAGAGGUUCAGUCGUUUCAGAUGAAAAUACUUUAAACUAUGCUGCUUACUUGUUAAAUGUUGCUCCUGACAAGUUACAAUUUGCUCUAUUGAACAGAAUUAUCAAAUCUGGAUCUGAAGAGAUUACUGUGUCUCAAUCUCCUGCUCAAGCUGCAAAUAUUCGAGACGCUUUAGCUAAGGCAUUGUAUUCGAGAAUGUUCGAUUGGCUUGUGAAACGUAUCAAUGAUGCCAUGGAUACCAAGAAGAAUCAAUUGAUUUUGGCUGUUUUGGAUAUUUAUGGAUUUGAAAUUUUUGAUAAGAAUGGUUUUGAACAAUUUUGUAUCAAUUAUGUGAAUGAGAAGUUGCAACAAAUCUUUAUUGAUUUGACUCUCAAAGCAGAACAAGAUGAAUAUCAACAAGAAGGUAUCAAAUGGGAACCUAUUCAAUUUUUCAACAACAAGAUUGUGUGUGAUUUGAUUGAAGAAAAGAACCCACCUGGAAUUUUCUCCAUUCUCGAUGACACUUGUAACACCACUCACUCCAUGGAAGCUCGAGCUGCUGAUGAAAAGUUUUUAACUCGUUUGCGUGAAGUUGUGAACAAUCCUCACUUUGUUGGACGUACCAAUGAAUUCUCUGUUAAACAUUAUGCUGGUAAUGUCGAUUACAAUAUUGAUGGUUUCACUGAUAAGAAUAAGGAUGUACUUUACAAGACAUUGAUUCAAUGUAUGCAAUCCACCACCAAUCCAUUCAUUAGAAAAUUCUUCCCUGAGAAUGUGAAUGAAAACGACAAGAAGAGACCUGACAGUGCUGGUAUCAAGAUCAAAACAAGUGCCAUUGAAUUGGUUGCUUCUCUAAAGAAGUGUGAACCUCACUACAUUCGUUGUAUCAAACCCAAUGAAACCAAACAACCUCGUGACUUUGAUACUAAGCGUGUCCUUCACCAAGUCAAAUAUUUGGGUUUGUUGGAGAAUAUUCGUGUUCGUCGUGCUGGUUUUGCCUUUCGUGCUCCAUUCCAAAAGUUUUUACAUUCCUUCUCAGUGCUUUCAAAGAAGACAUGGCCAGUUUGGAGGGGAGAUGCUCGUGAAGGAUGUGAAAUCCUUUUAAAGGAUAUUGGAAUUGAACCAGGAGAAUAUCAAAUGGGUCGUACUAAAAUCUUUUUGAGAAAACCUGAUACUUUGUUUAGUUUGGAAGAAAAUAAGGAACGCCUCUUCCAUGACAAUGCCACUCGAAUGCAAAGAUUGUGGCGUAAUUACAAGUUGAAACGUUACUUUAUCAAACUUAGAAAUUCAUCUGCUGAUUUGUUGGAUAAUAGAAAACAAAGACGUAGAUUGUCCAUUAAUAGAACAUUCCUUGGAGAUCAUGUGAAUUAUUUGGAUAAUGCUCAAUUACAAGAAGUGAUGAAGAAACAAGGACGUAAAGAUGACGGUGGCGUUGUCUUUGGUGAUAUCUUUAUGAGACCCAAGAAGAAGUUGUUGAAGGGUGUCACUUUUGAUAAGAUUUGGGGAUUAUUGACCAAUGAAGCUCUCUAUUUCAUUCACAGAGAAAAGGUCAAGAAGCAAUUCAUUAUGGAGAUGUUGUGCAGAAUUGCAAUGAAUCAAAUUCAAUGCAUUUGUAUGAGUCAACUUUCUGACAAUUGGUUGGUCAUUCAAGUGAAUGAUCCACUGAUUGAUGACUUGUUCCUUGAAUGUGAAAAUAAGACUGAAUUCUUGGCCAUUUUGAACGAUCAAUACAGAGCCAAGAUGAAUCGUGACAUUCCUCGUACAUUUGAGAAUACUCUUUCUUACACUGAAAAUAAGAAGAAGAAGACAGUCAAGAAGGUUGAAUUCUACUUGGAUCCAAAGGCCAAAUUAGCAAACGUUUCAGGAGGUGGUUCUGGUUUCAAGGUUGGAAUUUGUGAAGGUUUGCCAGCUGGUACUCAACCAAAGAAGGUUGAAAUCAAGAUGAGCAAUGCACCAUCUUAUUCACAACCUUCCAGUAGUGGACAACAAAGAGUUGGUCACCGUAUGUCACUCCUUGAGCAAGCUCCAAUUCAAGAAUCUACUUAUUUGACUCAACAAGAACAAAAUACUGGCGGACCAAAGAAGAGACCUCCUCAACCUCCACCAAAGGCCAACGAGAAGCCAAAGGUUAAGGCAUUGUACAAUUAUCAAGCAUCAGCCGAUGAUGAAUUAACUCUCCGUGAAGGUGACAUUAUUACUCUUCUCGACAAGGAUCCAUCAGGCUGGUGGGAAGGAGAAAAGAACGGAAAGAGAGGUCUCUUCCCCGGUAAUUAUGUGGUAGAGCUCUAG